AUGAGUGAAAAUCGAAAAGAUCGUAUAUUUCAUGAUCGAAUUGAUGCUGGUUGUCAAUUAGCUGCUCAUCCAGAUUUACAAAAAAUUAAAUUUUUACCAUUAAAUGAGAAAAAUUCAUAUUUAAUUAUAAGUUUACCACGUGGUGGUACAGUUGUUGGUGAUGAAUUAGCUAAACAAUUACAAAUAACACAUGAUGUAGUUUUCCCAAGAAAAAUUCCAUGUCCUGGACAUCCAGAAUUUGCUAUUGGCGCUGUAUCAGAAUUAGGUGACGUCAUUUGGAAUGAUUUUGCUAGAUAUACAAAUUUAAUUGAUAAACCACAUGUUCAACAAAGUAAAGAUAAACAAAUUCAAGAAGCACAACGACGAAAAACAAUUUAUCGUGGUCAACGUAAACCAUUGGACAGUUUAAGUGGAAAAACUGUUAUAUUAGUUGAUGAUGGAUUAGCAACAGGUAUAAAUAUAUAA